AUGUCCCAGAGCUCCAAAAGGACAGGGAUCAUCGCCGUAAAGUGUGGGUUGACUGCUCUCUGGAACAAAUGGGGAGCUAGGGUUCCUAUUUCUAUUCUCUGGGUCGAUGACAGCAUCGUCUCUCAGGUCAAGACCACUGAGAAAGAAGGGAUCUUUGCGUUACAGUUUGUAUACAAAGUUAUGAGAUACAAAUAG